ACUCAGGAUCUAGUGGUGGUGUUUUAGAGACUGCCUUUUUCAAAGCACUGCCCUUAUUUAGAUUAUCUUACUGUAGUCUCUAGGGCCAGGGGGGAGCAGAGUAGAACAACUGACAAGCAGUGAAGAGGAAUAUAUUUUUUUUCCCCUCGUCUGCCAGCGAAUUGACAGCCUCUUAUUAUUACUACACAACUGGAAACAGAUUUUAAAUGUUAGAGGCACCACUGGAAGGAAGAGGGUGUGUGUCUGCCUGAAAAAAAAAGAGAGCUGGACCAGCGUUAGAACUGUUACAAGCACUUCUGGAUGCAGAGAAAAGAAUGGCUGGCUUGUGGCAGUGGAUAUGGUUGGUAAUGCCAGUUUGGGCAUAUCUGUGCCCUUGCUGGGCUUCAUUUGAAGGGAGUGCAUCAGAAUCUGAAGGGAGCUCUUCUUUAAAUCCAAGCAGACUGGAGACCAGCGUGAUAGACAUACAGCACUCAGCUAUUCCUGCAAGGCUUGUGCCUUUGGAACAGAGAUGUCAGUCUGGAUUUUACUAUUCAGUCUCCGGAGAAUGUUUACCCUGCAAAUGCAAUGGAAACUCGCAGAAGUGUUUGGACGGUUCCGGAACCUGUGUGAAUUGCCAGAGAAACACAACAGGGAAACACUGUGAUAAAUGUCCCUCUGGAUUCAUGGAAGAUGUCAUUCGAGGAGUAUUAAGAAACUGCCUGGCAUGUCCUUGCCCAUUGCCAAUCAGCUCUAACAACUUUGCACUUUCUUGUGGAAUUAAAAGGGGUUCGGUACAAUGCCUCUGCCAGGAGAACUAUGCUGGUCCUAAGUGUGAACGAUGUGCCCCGGGCUAUUACGGAAAUCCUUUACUAAUAGGAAGCACAUGCAAAAAAUGUGACUGUAGUGGGAAUUCAGAUCCUAACCUAAUAUUUGAAGACUGCAAUGAGUUGACUGGGCAAUGCAACAACUGCUUUCGUAACUCCACUGGAUUUAACUGUGAGCGGUGUGCUGACUGGUAUUAUGGAGAUGCCAGAGUAGCUAAGAACUGCACAGAAUGCCACUGUUCAAAGUGUGGAACCAAAUUCUGUCAUGGUGGUACAGGCCAAUGUCAUUGCAAACCGGGGGUAACUGGAGCAAAGUGUGAUCGCUGUCAGGCUGGAUACUAUGGAUAUGACAGUUGCUUGGGCUGUCACAAGUGUGAGUGCAGCUUAGCCUCUUUGGACAACAACUGUGAUCCCGUAACUCAACAGUGUAAAUGUAGCCCUGGUACUGGGGGUCUGAAAUGUGAGAGGUGCAAGUCUGGAUUCUGGAAUUACAGUCCAUCCGGCUGUCUCAAAUGCAAUUGUGGAGGUGGACCAUGUAAUAAUAAAACUGGAGAAUGUCUGCUGGAGGAUCCUGAAUCAACCGCUGCUUCAGACUGCUCAUUUAAUUGUGACAAAUGCAUAUGGGACAUGAUUGACGACCUCCGACAAGCCGCCUUGUUGCUGAAUGAAACCAGAGCAACAAUAUUAAGUAUAUCAACCGGUGUUGCAGCACAAAAAUACCUCAACAACACAAAUUCUUCGAUCUUUCGUGUUAAGGAACAUUUGGAAAAGAAAAAGAGUGACUCAGUUCGUACAAACCUGCAGAUUGACAAUGUUGAAACUGAAACUGAAAUUAUUGUGGCAGAAGUGAAUACAAUUGCAGAGAAGGGAAAUUUAGCAGAGAUGAAAGGUUUGCAGACAAGCAAGGAAACCAUAGAAACAGAGAACCGCGCUGAGUUGAUUGCAACCCAAAUUAGUGACAUAGAAGCUGGUAUCCAAGAGUUGAUCAUUAAGCUGCAGUAUUAUGAAUCCCUCCAGGGGGAUGUGACUGCCUUUGAUCGAGUCAAAAACCUGCGCAGCGCAGCUGACAUGUUGGAGGACAUUGCAAAACUUAACUUCAGCCUUUCCAGAACCCUGAUUGAAGAUGAGGCAGCAAAAGCUCAAGAAUUACUCAACGAAGUCCUGGAAGAUUGGCAGAUAAUGCAGAACAAUACAUUGUCACUUUUUCCUGAUAUCCUGGAUCCAAUUGCUGCACAUAACGCAAAGCUUAAGGAUCUUCAAGAGGCAAUUAAGGAUGCGCAGGAGGAUACCAGGCGAACAACAGCUGCCAACAUGGAAAAUAUUGCCAAGCUUAAAGCAUACAAUGUGCAGCUAGAUACUGUGAAUGAAGGUGCAGACUCUGCUAAUACCACUCUAAAUGAUGGCAAUCUAAUCCUAGAGGGGUCACGCAUUAUCAUUGCCGAUAUAGAGGAUAUGAUUAUGAAUAUGUCUGGACAUCAUGCGGAAAUAGAUGGAGCUAAUAAAGGUUUGCAGGAGAGGCUUGCUAAUUUAACCCUUGAUGUUGAAGAUAUUGUCCUACAGGCAAUUGAUCAUGCCUAUAAACUACAAAGACAGGCUGAUGGACUGACAAGUAAUCUCAAAGAUAUUGACACAAAUGGAUUGGUGGAAAAAGCCAUUAAUGCAUCCAAUGUGCAUGAGAGGAUUUUGAAUUUUGUUGAAGAUGCCAAUGAGACGGCUGUCAUGGCGCUAAAUGUCGCUGAAAGAGUUAAUGAUGCUGUGGAUGGAAUUGACGACCAGAUUAAUUAUCAAAAAUUUGAGAGUGACCAUCUCCUCAAUAAAGCACAGGAAUUGCUGAAGUCUUCGGAUAUCAACAAGGAAUCGGGUGUACCUGAGGUCAAGCAACGAGUUGAUGCUGCUCUCUUCACUAAGAAAGCUUUAAGUGAAAAGUUGGAAAAUGCUAUCGUUCAACUCAGAAUAACUGAUGAUGAUGCUACUAGAAAGCGCUUAGAAAGAGCUAAAAUGAUGGCAGAAGAAGCUGGAAAUAUCACUGAUACGAUCUCAAAAGCCACUGCCCCAAUGACAAUAUUUGCAAAUACUUGGACAAGAAAUCUUAAAAAAUCUGAUUAUGAUAACUCUGAAUACAACAUGGUUGUCAAUGCAGCAACAGACACAGUGACGAAUUUGACACAAGUGGUUCCCUUGCUACUGAAUAAGCUGCGUGAUGUGGAAUAUAAAUGGCCUUCAAGCAACAUCUCAUCGACCAAUAACAUCUCAUCCAGUAUUCGCCGCAUCCGUGAGUUGAUUGCCCAGACUAGGAGUGUGGCCAGUAAGGUUCAAGUAUCAAUGAGGUUUGGAGGUAAAUCAGCCGUGGAUGUGAAUCUAAAAACCAGCUUGGCGGACCUCAAAGCUUAUUCUUCCUUAAGCUUGUACAUAAACCCAGAAGCUCACCAGGCCCAGCCACAAGACAGAUUUAUUAUGUACCUAGGAAAUAAAAAUGGUAAAUCAGAUUACAUGGGACUUGCACUUAAGAACAACAAUCUGGUGUAUGUGUACAACCUUGGGAGUGGGGAUGUUGAGAUUCCUCUGGACUCCAAGCCAAUCACCGCCUGGCCAGCAUAUUUUAGUCUAAUCAAAAUAGAGAGGCUUGGCAGACACGGCAAAGUCCUUUUAACAGUACCUAGUCCAAGCAGCACAGCAGAGGAAAAAUUCAUUAAGAAGGGUGAGGCACCAGGAAGUGAUUCUCUCUUGAAUCUAGACCCUGAUAACACCUUGCUACUUGUUGGAGGAGUACCAGCAGGCUUUAAACUCCCUGCCAGUUUAAAUCUACCAGGCUUUGUUGGCUGUCUGGAGCUUGCCUCUCUCAACAAUGAUGUGAUUAGUUUAUACAAUUUUCAGAAUAUCUACAACAUAAAUACAGUCACAGCACCACCUUGUGUCAGAAAUAAGUUGGCUUUCACCCAGAGUCGUGCGGCAAGCUAUUUCUUAGAUGGCACUGGUUAUGCUGUUGUACGCAACAUGGAGAGGAGAGGACGAUUUACGCAAGUCACCCGUUUUGACAUAGAAGUUCGGACACCUGUUGACAAUGCUCUCAUUUUCUUGAUGGUUAAUGGAAGUAAAUUCUUUAGCCUUGAGAUUCAAGAUGGCUUCCUGCGACUCCUGUAUGACUUUGGCUUCAAUCAAGGGCCUAUCAUCCUUGAUGACUCUAUGAAGAAAUUCCCAGUCAACGAUGCAAAAUACCACGAGAUUUCUGUAAUCUAUCACAAUUACAAGAAAAUGAUCUUACUGGUUGACAGAAGACAUGUGAAAACUGUAGACAAUGACAGGACAUUGAUUCCUUUCUCUGACAUAUAUAUUGGAGGAGCACCAUCACAAAUUCUGCAGAGUAUGAGAAGUCACCUGGCUGCAGACAUUUCAUUCAAGGGAUGCAUGAAAGGUUUUCAGUUCCAGAAAAAGGAUUUUAACUUGUUAGAGGAACCAGAGACCAUUGGCAUUAGCUACGGCUGCCCUGAAGAGUCGCUGAUGUCUCGCAGAGCUUAUUUCAAUGGACAGAGCUACAUGUCAUCUAGCCAGAAACUGUCUCCAUUUGAUGCCUUUGAGGGUGGUUUAAGUUUCAGAACAUUACAGCCCAGUGGGCUGUUGCUCUAUCACUCUGAAGGGGAUGAUGUGUUUUCCAUUACCAUGGAUGAAGGGGCUGUGGUAUUAAAUGUAAAAGACAUGAAAGUUCAGUCCAAGAACAAGAAAUACAAUGAUGGGCACAGUCAUUUUCUGGUGGCAACAGUUUCACCAACACGGUACCAGCUUUUGGUGGAUGAAAGUGAUAUGACUUUUAGAGACAAAGAGAAAACAGAUGCAACUCCCCCUGUGGCGAGACAAUUCUAUUUUGGUGGUUAUCCUAACGGAAUCUCACAUGCUAAUUUAACAGGGUGUAUUAGCAAUGCAUAUUUCAGCAGAGUUGGCAGAGAUGUUGAAGUGGAGGAUUUCCAGAAAUACACUGAAAAAGUUCAAAUGUCUCUCUAUGGUUGUCCUGUUGAAGCACCUCCAGUUCCUCUUCUUUCUAAACGUGAAAGAAACUCCUCCAAAUCGAAGGACAGACAGAAAAAGAGAUUUAGAAAUGAUAAAGGAACACAUUCUUUAGCAAAUAUGGAAUCCAUGGCCAUGAAAGAAGAACAUGGCCCUGAAGAUGUUUCUCAGUGCUCUUUGUCCAGCACUCCAAAGGCAAAAUUAGGAGCGCAUCUCUAUGGAGGAACAGCAAAUAGUCGCCAAGAAUUCUAUGAGAUUCCUAGAGGGUUUAAACAAAAGUCUGACAGAUCUCAAGUUUCUAUUAGUCUGAAAACAUAUUCAUCUGAUGGAAUGAUCUUCUAUGUCUCUGAUAUAGAUGAAAACAAUUUUAUGACUCUUUUCCUUGCCAACGGCCAACUUGUCUUUAUGGUCAACAUAGGACAACAGAAGCUAAAAAUCUCCAGCCAGGAGAGAUACAAUAACGGCAUGUGGCAUGAUGUGAUCUGCAUCCGUGAAAGAAAUAAAGGAAGAUUAAUAAUCAACGGGCUUCGAGUCUUAGAAAACAGUCUUUCUAUAGCAACUGCAAAUUGGACAGUGGUCGCUCCUCUUUAUGUAGGAGGAGUUGCACCUGGAAAAGCUGUAAAGAAUGUGCAGGUCAACUCAGUGUACAGUUUCAGUGGCUGUCUCAGCAACUUGCAUAUAAAUGGGCACUCUGUAACCUCCCAGUCCCAGACAUUCGGUGUGAUCCCUUGUUUCGAAGGCUCCAUGGAAUCUGGAACCUACUUUUCAUCAGAAGGAGGAUACGUGAUUCUCGAUCAGCCAUUCAAUACAGGAGUAAAAUUUGAGUUGGUCUUUGAAGUCCGCCCCAGAAGUAACUCUGGGAUUUUGAUUCACGUUCAAAAUGGAAAUCAAGACUACCUGAACAUGCACAUCAAAGAAGGACAGGUAAUUGUGAAAGUGAAAAAUUCUAAUAAUGAGUUCUCCACAAAUGUCAUACCAAAACAGAAUCUGUGUGACGGGCAGUGGCACAGAAUUGCAGUGAUAAGAGAUUCCAAUGUGGUGCAACUUGAUGUAGAUUCUGAGAUCAAUCACGUUGUGGGUUCUGUUGACAGCAAGCUUUUCAACCUUAAAGAACCUGUAUUUGUUGGAGGUGUCCCAGAUUCAAUACUUCCACCAAGCUUGACUACGCGAAAUUCUUUUACUGGUUGCUUGCGCAAUUUUGUCAUUGACCAACAGCCAGUGAGCUUCAAUAAAGCGUCCCUUGUGAGUGGUGCGGUUAGCAUCAAUACCUGCCCUGCGGCAUAACUGCUCACUGUGUACAACAAAAACAUGACAAUAAAUGUAAAAUUUACUUAA